AUGGUUACAUUGAGAAAUGGAAGAGAAACCGGGGAAAGUAGCACAAAGGAGGCUUCUAAAGAAGAUGAUGGUGAGGCUCUCCCAAGUCAAGAGAUGAUGGUGAAAAGUAAAGUUCAAGGUGAAAAUCCAAGGAUGGUCACACCCGUAGCGAUUCCACCACCAUUCCCCCCCCCCCCCCCCCCGACUUGCCCCUUCAACGAAGAAAGAGGAAUCUUAGACAUCCUUCGAAAGGUUGAGGUAAACAUUCUGUUGUUAGAUGCAAUCAAGCAAAUCCCAAGGUAUGCUAAAUUUUUGAAAGAACUUUGCACUAAAAAAAGAAAUCUUCAAGGACAUGAAAAGAUUUCAAUGAGUGAAAAUGUUUCGGCUAUUUUACAAAGAGAGCUCCCACCUAAAUGCAAAGAUCCAGGAAUGUUUACGGUUCCUUGCAAUAUAGGGGAUGUCACUUUUAGUAGUUCCAUGCUUGAUCUUGGUGCUUCUAUUAAUGUCAUUCCAUAUUCGACAGCUAGAACAAAAAUUGAUGUGUAUUUGGGUAAUCUCAUAAUGGAAUUUGAUGAUGAGCCUUUAACUCCAAAUUUCUAUGAGUUUACUAACCAUGAGUUGUUAGAGAUGAGUUUAAGUAAAGGUCGUAACCAAAGAAGCAUAAAAGGGGAGAUGAAACACCAUCCUUCAAAGCCGGAAAUUGAUGAAGUCGUUGACAAGUUGGACACGGGACAACUAAGGACACAUGAGAGGUUGCAAAUCCAAGGGCUCAAGGAGUUGAAAACCAAAGCAUACGAAAAUGUCAAGGUUUACAAGAAGGAGGUGAAAACUUUUCACAACAAGUCCCUCACCUGGAAACAUUUCAAGCCGGUACAAAAAGUUCUUCUUUAUCGUUCCUGA